AUGGUCUUCAGUAAACUCUUUAACUCUCUACGCCCAAAAGCUUCUCGAAAUAGAUUGAAGACAGAGUCAGAUGAAGGGGAGUCCGCUUACUUGAAAGCCGAGUCAGAUGCAGGAAGUACCGUCAAUACGUUAAGAUUUAAACCAUCUCGGAAUAAAUUGAGAAAGGAACAGCCCACUCGUCCGAAGACCGCCAAUCCGAAAGGAAAAGGGGCUUCGCAGGCCACUCAAUAUCUUCGCCCCAAUGGCCAAUCAUUCGAUGGUGCAGUCGAUGAGCAAACUGGAGAGAGGAUCGAUCAUACCGAAUUGCUCCACGGUUUAGCCCACGUGGGAUCUUUUGAUUCUAUGCAUGAAGCUUACGGUAUGGAUAAUCCAGAUCGGCCCCCCGGAGAGCUCGCGGUAGCCAGUUUACCUUCAAAUAUUUGGAGCCUUAUUGCAGGAUAUCUUUCACCUAGUGAUGCGGCGAGUCUUGCCUUCUCAAGCAAAACACUUCUUCAUCGAGUUGGACGUAAACCAUGGCAUGCUUUGGAUCUUCCAGAAAAUCAUCGAUACAGGAUUGAGUUUUUGGUUCACAUGGACCGUGAUCUUCCUAAUCAUCUUCUUUGUUUCCCCUGUGCAAUCUAUCAUGUUCGCAUAAUACCAGGCGAAGAACGUCUGAAAGCCACACAUAUUAUAAAUCAUCUUUACGAAUGUCCAAAUGCUUUAACACAAGUCGCUCCAAGGACUCGAUUAACUGUCGGUCACACUCUCCCGUUCUCGUUCGUGCAGCUUGUGAUACGAUCAAAUCGCUACUCUCCAAGCCAUGGAGUUCCAGUAGAAUCGAUAUCCAAACGCUGGAAAGAUCCUCAACUUGGAGCUCAAGGUACAGGAACCUGGUCACAUCAAAGUCGAUACUAUGUUGACAAAGGCCAUCUUCUCUUACGUGUGAUCAGUCAAUGUUUUCCAGAACCAGAUCUCCCUAUAAGUGCGCAGCGGAACCUUUUGUAUUCCCGCGAGGAUUACUUUCCAUACUUUUCGGUCUGCGCUCAUUGGAGAGAUGGCGAUCUCAUGGAUGUAUGUAAAUGUGCGUUGGGGCACAUACCCAAACGUAGAGAAACAGCGUCUUCAGCACUGAAAAGCAGUCCGAAUGCUCUUCUUUCACUUGCAAAUCAAAGGAGUCAAAUGUCCUCGCAAUGUUCUGUGUGUCAGCCGAUGCGUCGCUGCCCACGAUGUCCAACAGAGUACUUGGUUGAACUUAAAUUUGCUGAGGAUAAAACCGACCAAGUCAACAGAUUCAAGCAAGCUAUGACUGUGACGAGGUGGAGCGAUUUAGGCAAUGGAACUUCUCCGCUAUCGCCAGAAUGGGCUGCGAUCAACGGCGAAUUCGAGGGCUAUGAUUCAUUUGAUACUGUUAAAGGGCGUGCGAUUUCUGGAACUUUUGAAUCACAAUUUGGUAUUACACUUCCUGCGCAAAGGAUCUUGUCGCUCAAUCCGAAGAAUGAAGAGAAAGGAGAAGAUGGUCAUAAUUGGUAUUAG